CCAGUGGAGACGGUGGGAGUAAACGUGGCUGGCGCCUCUGGAAAAGCACAGGCGCCGGAAGAGAGGGGGCACUGCAGCAACAGAUGGACUUAGAGGGAUUACACGCUUCAGGAUGCGUUUGUGACAUAAAUUCCCAAGAAAGAGAGAGAGGAGUGGAGCGUUGAGGACGCAGACGCCCGGUCCGUCCGUCCGGUUGCUGCGUCCACGUCUGUCGAUUGGCCGUGAGGAUUACCGGAUGGAGCGCAGCUGGAGAGGUAAGGGCCACUGAUGCUCAUCCUGGAGGAGGACUCACACGAAGAGGGUAGUGACACAGGGAAUCUGCUCAAGAUGGAAUAACUAAAUCAAUCUUAAGGAGCUUUUUGAUUAAAGGCUCUUCAACGGAGGCAGAGAUAACCGAGGAUUGUGGGUUCAGAGGACUGAGAGAAGUGACCGCUGAAAACAGUUUCACCCCGGUUCAUGUAUCAGGAACGGUGUGAAGUAACCACAGAGGACAAAGAAAAGGAAAUUGGUCCUGCAGGGGAGGCCAUAAUGAGUGGCGGGCUCGGGGCCUGAGCGCUCUCUCCAGGACACGCUGAGGUGCUGGGCUGCUUCGUAAUGCAGAAGUCUGGAGGAUGUUCUUCAUCAGAUAAAUUCUGCCGUUUUCGAACGACCUCCUGCAGACGGGCUGAGCAGUACUCGCGCUGAGGUCAGGGAGAGUAUGGCCAGAUCGGUUCCCACGGGGAUCAAUAGCUGGACAUCAGAUUGAAGCCGCCUGAGCAGGAUACUGCUGCAGCCCAGCAUCCUGCUGUGUUCACAUUGUCCACUCAAAUCCCCUCUUGUUCAUUUUUUACCCCCCUCCCAUCUGCCCUUUUCCCACGUGCAUCAGCCUCAGAGCAUCUUAUCUCGCCCCCCCAACUUCCAUUCUGCUUAUCUUCCUUCCUUUUAAUCACACUGACUCUACAGUAUCACUUAGUCAGCUGUUAGGUUGCGUUGUCUUCUCUGUUACGUCACAUUUAUUUGUCAUUUCCAUUCAAACCUGGCAGCUCAUCAGCCUCGGGGCAUCUGUCCGUCCUCCUGUGGAUGCGGCCGUACCUUGCGUGGUUUUUGUCGUACGUCCGGUUGUGGUCUCCCCCUGACUUUCCCCCCCUCCUUUCCCCCCGACCCCCCGCCUCCCUCCCCACCGGCGCGGCCAUGCUGGAGGGUAUGUCCCGCCGCUCCCGCUCCCUGCUCUCCCUGACCUUGACCACUCUGGCCCUGGCCCUCUCCAUCCUGGCCCUGUGCACCUCCUACUGGUGUGAGGGCACGCACAAGGUGGUCAAGCCGCUCUGCCUGUCGCCCGUCAAGAUGAAGAACUGUGGUCAGAACAACAGCGAGCCUUACACCACAGAGAGUCCCACUCAGAACCCCUUCAAUCGCACGCUGUCUCCAGCCAGGAGAGACGAGCUGGCCAGGAUCAGGCAGAGGCAGCUGGCCAACGCAGUGCACUACAUCUGGGAGACGGGGGAAGACAAGUUUGCUUUUAGAUAUUUCCACACGGGCUUCUGGGAAAGCUGUGAGAAACACAGUGAUGGGGAGAAAUGUCGCAGCUUCAUAGAGUUGACUCCGGGGGAAACACAAGGUGUGCUCUGGCUCUCAGUCAUCUCAGAGUUUACGUACAUCGGCCUGCUGGGGAUGGGCUUCCUGCUCAUGUGGCUGGAGGUCCUGUGUUCCCACAGAGAGAUGCACGCACUAAAAAUCAAUGCCUAUGCAGCGAUCUGCACUGUGCUUUCUGGCCUUCUUGGGAUGGUAGCGCACAUGAUGUACACCACAGUGUUUCAGAUGACGGUCAUUGUGGGCCCCAAAGACUGGAGGCCCCAGUCCUGGGACUACGGCUGGUCAUUUGCUCUUGCCUGGGUGUCCUUCAGCUGCUGUAUGGGAGCGGCCGUGGUCACGCUCAACUCCUACACCAAAACCAUCAUCGAGCUCCGUCGCAGGCAGAGACUCCGUCUGGAGGAGGCGCGAGCCGCCACUCGCGCCCCGGCCUACGACGAGGUGGUCCCGGGGGGAGGCCUCUACUCGGUCAGCGGCUUGCUGCAGUGCCCGGACGGCAUGAUCGACGUGGCCUGGGCCCCCAACGGCGGCGUGGUGGGGGUGGGAAACGGGGACGUGCCGACCCUCGUUUUGGUUGGCGGCUGUGGACCAGACGGCUGUGAAGACUGCGAGCGAGAGAUGGACGAGAUGGACGAGGCCAUGGACAGAGCUGACUCGCCUUGCUAGGGGAUCACUUUACACAGUUAAACUGAAAGGGCUGAAAAACUACAGAAAGAAAGACGACCGAGCCGGGACGAAAACCAGCCUCUGGUUUCUCUCGCUGGCUGUUUUGAUUUCCUGUGAACUAUGGACAAACUGAACUGGCUGAAAACCAAUGAAAUCAACACAUAUCAAAAUGCUAUAAGCCUAUGAUGGAUGUAUGUGCAGAUUACACUCGCAUGCAAGUUUUGCAUGUUUUCUGGCUAUUUCUCAGUGCCUCACUGUAGGAAAGGAAAUGUUUGUCUCCAGCCUGAUCAGCAUACGCCCCACAGGCAAAAAAAAAAAAAAAAAAUAUUGCAAUCCACUGUGUAUUCCGACAUUUCUAUCAGAACAUGCAGCA